UCAGCUGACAACAAUUUGGGCUCUUUUCCCAAGAUGUUUUGCUGAGUCUGGCUAUGACACAUGGGAUGUUAAGUCCAACGGGUUUAAGAAGUAUAAGUAAACGUAAUGCAUUGUAGUUUACAAGUUGUUUAAGAAAAUAAAACAACUUCGGGUUUCCAACAAUAAACUGUCUGUGUAACAUAAUGAAUCAUGAAGAAGAGUCGAGGCCGCUACUGGCAGAGGAGAAUAGCGUGCAAACAAUAGAGGGUCGCUCAGAGCAGGACGCAUAUCUGGAAAAAGUAAAGAAUGGGAAGUUGUUCCUAGCCACAUUGGCAGCUGUUCUGGGACCCCUCAGCUUUGGAUUUGUACUCGGCUACAGUUCGCCUGCCAUACCAGAUCUGCAGCGAAACUCUGAUGAGAGGUUGAGGCUCACUGCUGAAGAGGCUUCCUGGUUUGGGUCUGUGGUCACGAUUGGAGCAGGUCUUGGAGGUCUGCUGGGAGGCUGGGUAGUGGAGAGGAUUGGCCGCAAACUGACUCUCAUGUUCUGCGCCAUGCCCUUCAUCUUUGGCUUCACCAUCAUGAUUGCUGCUCAGAAUCACUGGAUGCUGUAUGUAGGAAGAAUACUUACUGGUCUAGCCAGCGGCGUGACGUCUCUUGUUGUGCCUCUCUACAUCUCAGAAAUGGCUCAUGAACGUGUAAGAGGAGCAGUGGGCUCUUGUGUGCAGCUCAUGGUAGUGACAGGUAUCAUGGGAGCCUACAUAGCAGGUCUGUUCCAGGGCUGGCGCUGGCUGGCCAUCACCUGCGCCAUCCCUCCGACCGUGAUGCUCGUGUUCAUGUGCUUUAUGCCGGAGACACCGCGCUACCUCCUGACUCGGGGGAAGAGGAGGGAGGCAGAAGAGGCACUGCGCUUCCUCCGGGGGCCCCAUGCUCCUGUCGAGUGGGAGUGUGACAGGAUAGAGGAGGCCUCUCGAGAAGAGGAAGGACACUUCAGUUUAGCUGAUCUGAAAGACCCUGGCAUCUAUAAGCCUUUAGGAGUGGGUGUCAUGAUGAUGCUCUUGCAGCAGUUUACUGGCAUCAAUGCCAUCAUGUUCUACGCAGAGACUAUAUUUGAACAAGCACACUUCAAGAAUAGCGAUAUUGCCACAGUGGUGGUGGCUGCCACUCAGGUGGUCUUCACAGCAGUUGCAGCUUUAAUCAUGGAUCGAGCUGGAAGGAAAGUCCUCCUCAUCUUGUCAGGUGUUGCCAUGUGUGUGAGUGAAGUUGUUUUUGGUAUUUAUUUUAAAUUGUCUACAAUGGAGCACGGUAACUCCUCAUUGCUCAAAGCCCUCAGUGGAACCCAUGGCACUGUGAGUGAAACACCACCGAAUGACCUGACAUGGCUUGCGCUUGCCAGCAUGGGUGUUUUUAUAACUGGCUUUGCACUGGGUUGGGGCCCCACACCUUGGCUGGUCAUGUCUGAGAUCUUCCCAAUGAGGGCACGAGGGUUUGGCAGUGCCGUCUGUGUGCUCACCAACUGGACCUGUGCUUUCAUAGUCACCAAGACCUUCCAGAACCUCAUGGAUCUCAUAACCAGUGCGGGAACCUUCUGGAUGUUCUCAGGCCUCUGUGCGCUCAAUGUCAUCUUCACGAUCUUCUUCGUCCCAGAGACUAAAGGCAAAACGCUGGAGGAGAUUCAGGCCCAUUUUAAAAGAACUCUCUAUCGCUAAGAUGAAUGUUCUUGUCUCACAGUCAACACCAAAGUUGGAAAGUUACUGAAUACAUAGUAUUCACCAAAAUUUGAACAUCUUGUGAUUAGUUGCUAUUUACACAAAAAUUAGUAUGACUAACUCUUACAAAAGAGGAAUGCACUAUGCUGAAAUAAAAUAUUUCUAAAGAAGUUGAUUAGUUAAGAAAAAUGUUUUUUGUAAUAGUCUUUACUAAAGUAUAGUAACAGAAUUGUAUACUGUGAAGCUAACUCUGUCAGGGAUAGUUUAGCAAAUAAGAGUUUCUUACAGUGUUAACUUCUAACUCUUUACGAUGCCAAAUUUGUGACUGUUUACAAAAACUUUGUGUUUGUGCCAUAUGUUUGUCAGUGCUUCACAUUACUGAAAUUCAGUUAAAAGUACUUGAUUAAUCCACUUUUGUACAAAGACAUUGUCACACUCGAUAACAAUGCAAAAUUACAGAUUCACUAAGCUAAACUUCUGAUGUUCACUCAUGCAAAUGUUGGUGAGAAAGCACCAAACUAACACACUGAAGAAUAAUGAACAUAAAUUUCAAUUUACAUUUGGAAUUUGUAAUGAUCACAGGGUGAAUAAAUUAAUGCUCCUUUUUUUUUUGAGAGAGAGAGUGUUGUUGCGACAGAGAACCCCACCCCUCUUUAAUAAAUUGUGCUACAAAUCUUAUUGUAUAUAAUCUUUCUGUUUAAUGAAAACAGGAGAGGUUUAGUUAAACAUGUGGUCUUCUUUUAAAGCCUAUAGAUAGAUGCAAUGUGUUCCUUUAAAUAUUUUACAUGGAUGUCGGAUUAACAUAGAUGAUACUGCUACUGGAAAUUUUGGUACCCAACUGGUUCUUUCCAGGUAUGUAAUAUCAUUGUCAAAACACAUGUAAGAUGAAAAUAUUGGGGCAAUGUCAGCUUUGUGAACACUUUAUCAAACAGGCUAUUGUGUAAAUCAUGGCCUCAGAAUUUGCUGCACUUGUAAUCAUUGCACUGCAAAUCUGUCUCCAGUUGUUAAAACUGUUGUGUGUGUAACUGAUUUGAAAGACUUUAGAUGGGCUCUUAUGCUGGCAUACCAUACUUUAUGGUCAUGGUACGUCAUCUAAAAUAAUUUGUAUGGGGGUGUUUUGUUAAUUUGUUAUUCAUUCUAGCCUUGGAAAGUACAAUACCAGACUGUUGAUGACUUUAAACAUAUUUAACGGUAUUAGCUGGCAUGAGGAAAGCAUGCUGCAGCUUGAAGUUUUCCAGGAGUGUCUCCUGAAUUUUAGCCAGAGGAAAAUGGGUCAUUUAAAGACUGUGGAAUCUAAAAUAAAAA